UGAUUCGCUCGCAUUUCUGUUUUAACAACCGCGAACGGAACACAGAGAAUUUUGUAUUCUGACCAUCGGCGUUUACCGCUCGAUUCGACGCUCCAAGACGCGAGUUUCGUGCGACUUUUAAGUUUGUUUUACCCGCACAAAAGUUGAAAGGGACGUUCUUAGUUUUUUUUCUUCCUGUUUUGAUCAAGUGGAUUUUAAAAGUGUUUUUUUUUCUGGAUUUUUUAACAUUGGGUGUCAACGCUUUAAGAAGUUCCUAGUACUCCCUGGCAUGUAACUGAUUAAAACCGUUGGCAACUUGUUAGAAAUAAGGACGCAAAAUGGAGACUGAAGAGCUUAUAAAGCUAGUCGAUGGGAUUUAUAAGAAUAUCCUGGAUAAGUUCAAUCCCGGGGCCCGGCAAAUGAUCAAUGCCGGAAAGGCAUACUUGAAGGCUUUGCACGGUGCUGCAGCAGCUUCACGACUCUAUGUAGAUGCUAUUAGCAAGUUAGCUAAACAGGCACAACAAGGAACAUGGGGUGGAUCUUCAGAUAUCGGAGCUGCACUUAUGAAAGUGGUUGAAGUUUACAAAGAAAUCCAGGAUCAACAAAUGAAUAUCUUAAAGGCCUUUUACGUUGACCUGCUUGUCCCACUUGAAACCAACUUGGAAAAAGAUACAAAAGUAGUUCAGUCAGAGCAAAAACGUUUUCUCCAACAACAUAAACAACGAUCCGAAACCUACAGCAAAGCGGCGGCCAUGAUGAAAAAACAACGGAAAAAAUCGAGAGGAUCAACCAAAUCCGGACUGGCUAUGGAUAAAGAAUUAAAGAAUAUGCAAGUUUUAGAGGAAGAGAAAACUAAAUUGGAUGCCUUUUGUGAACAAAGUCUAAAAAAUGCAAUGACCCAGGAAAGGAGAAGAUAUGGUUUUGUACUGGAAAGGCACUGUUCAUUGGCCAAACAUUAUUUAUCAUAUCAUACCUACGGAAGCGAAGCUUACACUCAAAACAUUGAAAAGUGGUCGGAUGUAGCCAAAACAAGAGAAUACUUGCCCGAAGCGGUCGAAAAUAUAUUUAGUAAUAGGAUACGACAAAUAUCAGUGUGGCAAGACGAAGACCUUUACUCAAACCCCAGAAGUCCUAACUUUGAAGAAGACCGAAUGAGUCUAAACUCACAACUCCGAAAAACGAAGAGCAUGGACGCAUCCUGUUUGGAUAUACGAUCAAUGGCAGAAGUGGGAUCGCCAGUGAAUACAUUAUCCCGGGCAAAAUCUGAAUACAACUUGAAUUCUUCAAAUAAUACCACUCAUGAUAAUCACACUCCAACAAGACGUCCAAAAUCAAUGGCUGUACCCCCUCCACCAACUUGGGAAGCUCAGCUUGCACGCGCACUUUAUGCUUACCUAUCAAGUGGUGAAAAUCAGCUUAGUUUUCACGAGGGUGAUUUGAUAGCUUUGAUUGGUGAUAGGAAUAAAGGUUGGCAAUUUGGAGAGAAUUUGAGGACUCAAUGCAGCGGUUGGUUCCCAUUGGCUUAUACUGAGAUUUUAAUUGAUGAUUCUUUAAGUUCUCCUACACAUCGAAGUGAGGCAGGCUCUAGCAACCAGCAACACAGCAAUAGCUCCACCACUCCAACGAACAUAAUGUCAUCGUCCGCCGGAUCAGGUGCCCAAAUGCCUUCUGGCAGUAACUCGCUAGAAACACCUUCUAGAAUGUUCGGUGACACAUUGCACCUUCACCGGUCUUCUAAUAAUGCUACCAAGCAGAUUCGGCGAGCGAUCGGUUCUAACAACAUUCCUCCUCCAGCAGCACCAGCCCCCGUCCCCACUCCUUCCUUGCCCUAUCAGAAGUCCGGUUCUGGUAUGACACAGUCGCAGAGCACUAAUUUCGGUACUAUGAAGUCGGCAAUGACCGAAUCGGGUACAGCUACGUAUCAGUCGAGUCAGUAUUCUGCCCCAGGAAUAAAAUCAUCAGCUUCCGCAUUUAAUUUUUCCACAACUGGCGCGGCUACAGGGCCGUAUUCGACGCAUCCUGCACCUGCACGAGAAAGGCCCACUGCUGGAUCCGGAUUACCACUACACUUGCAAACUAAAGGUGGAAAAAUCGGUGGUCCAGUGGGAAACGUAUCUCUACACUCGAGCAACGACUCUGGAUUUUCAAAUGACCCUCCACCGCAGCCCGAAAUCGACUAUUCAGACGACGAUUCAAUGGCCGGACAAACGAAGUUGGCAAAUCGUACCAAACAACCUAAACAAAAACAACCAGAAGACCAACUCAGACCAAACCAAAUGAACAAAACCCGCAGUAAUCCCAAUAAACCACCACAAACCAGGCACAGACUGUCGAACAGUCACGGAAACCUAGUGGAGAACCAUUACUUGACCUCUGACGAAGCAGAGGUAUCAAAAGUGAAGGUUAAACGUACCAAAUCGUUUUGGAAAUUUGGUAAAAAUAAUUCUGAUACCGAGAUACUUGAGGGUAUGUCUUUGUGGAGACAUCGAGAUCUUGUUGAUCCAAAUGAGGAAGCAAAGAAAAAUAAGCUUAAUAGUCAGGAAAGAAUACGAAAACCUAGCAGAGAUCAAAGCUACGACUCUGAUAAGACCAUUAAUAAUAAGGAUAGCGCUAUUAAACCUGUGGAGAAAAAAGAUCAAGCACCUCCCAAGGUUAAUAAAGAACUCAACAAAAAUCACGGAAAGCGUGAAAGCUUCAAAGAGAAAUCAAAAAACCAGAAGCUUAGCUUACCUCCUCGUAAAGAGUCAUCAGAUGAUCAGUUAAUUGAUGAUUUUGAAGAAGACAUUUAUGGUCAAACUUGUGCUAGAAGUUAUAGAGAUCAGUUUAUAGAUGACGAUGAAGACGGAUUAGUAAUUAAGACUGUCAAUAGAAAGAGUAUUUUACAACAAUACAGCGAUGAUUUGACAGCAGAAGAAUCAGAUUCAGCAUCUGAGAUGACCAGCGAUGACCCUUACGAUUGUAUUGUUGUUGACGAUCAAAAAGUUAGAAAGAGAGAUGGGCAAUUCCCUAAUGUUGCAGAAAUUGGUAAAAAGCUAGAAAAGUUAUCUAAAUCCAGCAAAUAUUCACCCAAUAAGGACAACAAUAAAGAAAAUACUCUUAUAAGAAGCAGUGUUAGAGAGAAAAAUGAGAUUAAUGUAAGGCGUAGCAAAUCUAAGGAGAAAGAUUUAAUUGAAUACCAUCAAGAACAAAGAAGGUCAUUUAGAACCUUUGGAAUUGAUAAUGAAAAUGGCGAAAAAGAUGAUAGUUAUUAUGAACAAAACAGACGUCAACCUGAAGAAAACAUAAAACAAGCAGGUACAAAAGAAAGACGCAGCAAACCAAGCUAUGAGAGUAUUGAUUCUGAAAUGAAUAAUAGAAAUAGAACUAUGGACACGCGAGACAAAGAUAAUAAAAGAUCCGAAACUAAAGUUAAUAGUACUAAAAAUGAUAAACGAAACAAAUAUUAUGACUCGACUAACGAUGAAUUGUCUGAUGUCGGUGAUAACAGACAAUUUCUACCGAGAACUAAACUAACUAAGACUAAUAGCAACAGCUCUAAGUACGAUGAAAACUUGACUUUGAUGGAAUACGGUGAAACUUUACAAAGAAGAUUAAAACAUCCCGAAUAUAAUUCUAAAUAUGACGAGAAAUCUAUGCAAAAUGGUAACAUGUAUGGUCCGUGGUAUGACUUAUGGGGAUUGGAUGCAUCUGCAAGAAAGUAGUGCGAUGGUAUAGGUCAGCUUGUAACUCAAAUUUCGCUACGAUAAAAGCAAGGAAGCCUAGCGCAAGUGCAGACAGGAGUUCUUUAAUUUUAGAGUAGAUAUUCUUUUUAUAGCUAAUAACUUCCUUCUUGCUUAAUAUAUUAUUUUGUAUAUAAAUAUUUAUUUCUUUGGUGGUUGGGAAAAGGUGCAAUAUAUGUAACCAAUAUUUCAAGAAUAUUUCCGUAUUCUUUUAUAAAUAUGCCUGAUGUUAUUAUAGUUUCAGCUCAGUGUAAUAAUAUUUAUAUAUUAUAUUAUAAUUAGUUUUACCAAUAAAGCUUUUUGGAAUUUAUUUUAUUCACAAUCAAGUCUAAAAUUCCUUGAUAGAUUACAACAUCUUCCAUUAUAUACAAGGACUUUUAAAAGGAUCUGUGAUACAAAAUUUCCAUGUAAAUAUAUAAUUGUCAAUAAUUAGAAAGAAGUUCAUUUGCGUUUCAGUUAUAUGAGUUAUUUUAAAUGUAUAUUAAUUGUGCUCAGAAUACAAUUUUUUAUGCACUGAAUAAUUAAUAAUUUAAUCAAAUAUAUCAUAUCUUAGAUAAUAGGAUAAAAGCAAAAUUUAUAUAUGUAAGCCGUAAAUUGUUUUUAUUGUG